AUGGCGGUUUCGCAGACCAUGAAAAUGCGGACCAAGCAUGCUAGCUUGACCCCUUUUGCGAAGUUGAAACAGAGCCACCUACCCGCAUAUUCUGCUGCAACCACGUCUUGUCGUGGAUGGUUGAAUGGAUGCGGCUGUCUCUUCAGGAAGAUCGAUGCCUGCUGUCACGCAAAUAGUACAACGGUUUCACGGUUGGGCAGUUGGCGGGACGCAUCAUUACUGCAGUGCACGAACCAACAACAGGGCGCCAGCCCCACUACACUCUGUAGUUUAGAAAGCCAGGGAUGGUUUAUGGACAAUGAUCAACGGGUGAUUUCGUUUUACACAAACCUCGUCAUUUCUGAGAGCGAAAAUGCCGAGCCAAGUGCUGGAUACAAAGUUUAUCGCGAGAUAGCCGCCGUUGAUAAGCGCUCAAUUGUCCACGUGAUUGACUGCCUUCUGCUCGAAACCUGCCCAUCUCGGGAAGGA